GCAUCUGUAAGUUGUCGCCAUCAUCUGUGGCUGAAUGUUGACCGAGCUUCAAGUCAGUCCGCCGGCGAGACAAUCCACCUCUCGUAGUUUCCCCCGUCGGGUCUCCGCGAGUCGGUGCGUCGUAACUUACCGGUAAAUGCGUUUAGCAUUUUUCAUUGUUUGUACUGUGGACGUGAACUCGCGUUAGUCGAGGGGGCUGGAGUCUUGAGGAGCGGCGAGGGGCGGCGGGGCUGCUAACACGGACACAACCUCGCAGCCGAACCAGCUAGUUAGCUAGCUAGCUAGUUAGCUAGCAGGUAAAGAUCCAGAUCCAGUCGAACUGGUGGAACCUACGGUUGGUUGUGAGUCAGAUGGUCGCCGGUGGUUGUCAAGUCAGUCGCGCACCGCACGCCAAGGAGCUAGCGGCGCCGCGGGGCUAGCUGCGACCGCACCGAGACGCCGAGAAAGAUCGUCGGGGCCAGCGGAAGCUCGAAUCGUCAGCCCGGAGGAUUUGUGUCCUCGACGGCGGGGAGUCUCGUGAACCUGGAGCUGGCAUCGUCGCACUCAGCCUGCAUUUAACACCGGGCUGCUGUGCCUGACCACCGGGAGGAGACGGGAUGUCCGAGGGAGACAGCAAGCAGGCCCCGGACGCCGUCCAGGAGGGGAAGCAGGAGUCGGCGGCAGCGGCGCCCGCGGGUCAAGGGGUGUCGUCGGUGUCUCCGCCCGUUUCCAUGGUGACGCAGCCUCCGGCCACCGCCGCCACAGAGGACGAGGAGGAGGAGAGCGAGGAUGAGUCGGAGAUCCUGGAGGAGAGCCCGUGUGGACGCUGGCAGAAACGCAGAGAAGAGGUGAAUCAGCGCAACGUCCCCGGCAUCGAUAAUGCGUACUUGGCCAUGGACACGGAGGAAGGAGUCGAGGUGGUGUGGAAUGAGGUCAUGUUCUCAGAGAGGAAGAAUUUCAAACUACAAGAGGAGAAAGUUAGAGCCGUGUUUGACAAUUUGAUCCAGCUGGAGCACUUGAACAUCGUGAAGUUCCACAAAUAUUGGGCGGAUGUUAAAGAGAACAGAGCGAGGGUCAUUUUCAUCACAGAAUACAUGUCCUCAGGAAGUCUCAAGCAGUUUUUGAAGAAGACAAAGAAAAACCACAAGACCAUGAAUGAAAAGGCCUGGAAGCGCUGGUGCACACAGAUACUAUCUGCUCUCAGCUACCUGCACUCCUGUGAACCUCCCAUCAUUCAUGGCAACCUGACCUGCGACACCAUCUUCAUUCAGCACAACGGCCUCAUCAAGAUCGGCUCAGUUGCUCCAGACACCAUCAACAACCAUGUGAAAACCUGUCGGGAGGAGCAGAAGAGCCUCCACUUCUUCGCUCCGGAGUAUGGAGCUGUUGCCAAUGUUACCACAGCCGUGGAUAUCUAUUCCUUUGGAAUGUGCGCCUUAGAGAUGGCCGUGUUGGAAAUCCAGAGCAAUGGAGAUUCGUCUUAUGUGUCCCAAGAAGCCAUAAACAGUGCCAUUCAGUCGUUAGAGGACGCACUGCAACGGGAAUUUAUCCAGAAAUGUCUGGAGGUCGAUCCCAGUAAGCGACCCACAGCGAAGGAGCUGUUGUUUCACCAGGCCUUGUUCGAGGUGCCCUUACUCAAGCUUCUGGCUGCGCACUGCAUCGUCAGCCACCAGCAUAUGAUUCCAGAAAAUGCUUUAGAGGAAAUGACAAAGAACAUGGACCCAAAUUUGGUGAUUGUUGAGGCCAAGGACGGAGUUCAGAUGAAACUCUCUCAGUUUCCUGCUCUUGAGCUGGACAAGUUUCUUGAAGAUGUGAGGAAUGGGAUCUAUCCUUUGACUGCGUUCGGGGUGCCGUGUCCACAACAACCUCAGCAGGAGGCGGUGAAGUCGCCCAUCGUGCCCCCCUCAGUCAAGACCCCGACUCCUGAACCCGCAGAGCUGGAGACCAGGAAGGUCCUCCAGAUGCAGUGUAACAUCGAGCCUGUUGACGAGGGCGCCAAGCAUCAUUUGACCUUGCUGUUGAAACUUGAGGAUAAAUUGAACAGACACUUGAGCUGUGAUUUGUUACCAAAUGAGAACGUGCAGGAGCUGUCUGUGGAGCUUGUUCAGCUGGGAUUCAUCAGUGAGGGCGACCAGCCGAGGCUUGCAUCCGUUCUUGAAGAGGCCUUCUCCAAGUUCUACAGCCGGAACGGUUCGCUCAACCCGGUGACCGUCUCCUCGUAGCAGAGGCCUUCCUCCGUUCAGCCCCUCCUCAUCCUCUACAGCAGGACUAGCUUUUUUGCUUCACCCCUGAGUUGCAAGGAAAAAGCUUUUUGCGAGGACGGAGGAGGAAGCCUUGGUCUGAUUGCAGAUUCCUGCAGCCUGUCCUCGUAUCUUCUGGUGGGAAAAGUUGCCACUAAGUGGUUGUUGGCUUUCUAUCUUUUUCUCCCUCCCACCUAAUACAGCCAUCUGCUUCUCUUUUAAAAGAGGAAAUCCUAGUUGCAAUUUAAGGAAAAUACAAAUGUUUUCACUUUUAUUUGGCUUAUUUCAGCUCUGAGUAGAGACGAGAUGGUCGAGGUAAGCAGAAUAAAACUUGGUAACAGCCGUAUUUUCCUUAAGUCAGUGUUAAAAGUGUAUUUUAAACAUUUUUACUUAAAAUAGUUUAAUAGUUGUCUGUAUGAAGAAAAUAUUUUUUUUUGUCCCGGCAUACUGAAGUGUAUGUAUUAUGGUGUUGUACGGUUAAGUCUGGUCCCUUAAACUUAUCUCUCUCGCGGCGGUCGAGGCGACAUUCUAGCUUUAUAUAGAUUGUUUUUUUGAAGACGCAUCAAAUGCAUCGAGCUCUAAAAUCCAAGGCCAAUACCACUUCAACUUAGUCACGAAAACAUGCAGCUGCAACGCAAUCUGAAGAGCUACCGAUGAAAUAUUAAAGAUCAAACUAUUUAUUUGUGAAUCCUUUCUUGAGUGUGUACUUGUACUUCACUUCCAGCACUAAAGGCCGGUGUUUGUUUGAAUGUAAUGCUUUUACUUGCCACCCUUCUUGAAAUCACGCUGUUAUUGUCUAUGGAAAAGGGGAGUGUCGACUGUGGUCCAACUAUUGCUCGCCCAUUGCAACACUUUUUAUGGUUUAUGGGUUGGACAAUGUCUUUUGGUGACACUUCACGCUGGAGAGGCUGGUGUCAGAUCCAUAUGAAGACGCGUUGGUGUUUUCAGCUCACGAUGCGAUAGUUGUCAACAGGUCUGGUGGAUGCAUGUUCGCUCUUCCAUGUCUCGGUGGCAAGGGAUGCAUGCGACAAACUUUGCUUCUGGAGUUGUUUUAAGUUCUCUAUUGUUUUUCUUUCAGUGAUGGGUUCAGGUAAUUCAUCACGCAGAGAGAGUUUCAUCAGCGUAGGGCCGUCGACGUUUUGAUUUCGUCUUUCUGAAGCAUUCGAGUUAUUCUGCCCGACACCACACCUAAAAUGUGCUCUCACCACGUAGAAGUUCAGUUAUUGGCUCAGACCAGUCUUUUCUGUUAUCUUUUUGAUGGAUCUCUGCUAGUUUGCACUACUGUAGGCUUUUUAUAUCCUGUUGGAAAGUCCCCGUGGCCUCUGGCUUCUUCUCGCCAACAGGAGGAAGUGAGAUGAUUUGGAAACGGUGUCUCAGAGUCUCGCUACUACUCUGCUCUACGCUGUGACUACCUUCUUGUUAGGAUGUGUAGAUACUGCGAGAGAUAGAAGUGUGGGUCUAACUGGCAUGCUUGUGACCAUCUUUUACACUGUACGCUGGACACUGUGCUCUGUUUCUGCUACACAUUUACCCCAUUUUUUUUCACCUGAAAUAAAAUUAAAAAAAAACUAUCAGCACUUAA